AUGGCAGAGGAGCUAUCGUUGCUGGUGCCCAAGACGCAUGGAAUCACCUUUAGAAUUCAAAUCAUCGUGAAAGAACUGCUGGAUACAGAUGUACUUUUAAAGUUGUUAUUUCAUUUACCAGUCAAUUAUCCAUCAACUCUACCGGAUAUUUCUGUUAACUCAGACCAGCUUACGAGGGCCCAAUGUACGGAUGUGAAAGAUAAAUUACGUGAACAAGCAAAGAAGCAUCUUUCUGAACCCAUGGUACACGAUCUGAUUCUUUGGAUACAGCAGCAUCUUAAGGAUGUCAUUAGGCAAUCAGCAACAGUUUGCAAUGAAAAACCUACUUUGUCAAAAGGAGCAAGUACAGAGGAUGGUAUCUGGAUGCUCCUUUUGCAUUUAGAUCACAUGAGAGCAAAGGCAAAAUAUGUCAAAACUGUGGAAAAAUGGACUUCAGAUCUAAGGCUGACUGGAAGACUGAUGUUCAUGGGCAAGAUAAUAUUGAUUCUUCUUCAGGGUGACAGGAGCAACAUUAAGGAGUACUUGAUUCUUCAGAAAACUUCUAAGGUAGAUGUGGACUCAAGCGGAAAGAAAUGCAAAGAGAAAAUGAUUAGUGUACUGUGUGAGACAAAAGUACAGUCACAGCAUAAAAGGUUUCAGACAUUUGAAGUCAAAGAAUAUUCAACGCUGGAUGAUCUACAAAAGGAAUUUGAAACUGCAGGACUUACAACUCUUUUCUCUGAGUUUGUGCCUCCUCUCUUAAAAUAAAAUUAAAAGAAAACACUGGACUCUCUGACCAAAGCAGUGGUUGACUGCAGAUGCUGAUGGAAGAUCAAAGGACCAAUCUGGCAAACAACGUUAAAGCUUUUCUGCAAAAAAUGCCAGAAGUAGCCAUCCUCUUGGAAGACCGAGAAUGCAAUUCAGACAUUAAGAAUUGAUCGUGUUUUGACAUUUAUGUAUUAAUAACUUUUUUUCAAGGAAUGUGGAGUUAAUUGUGAUAAUUGCAUGGCAAGCAUG